AGAUAACAUCACUAUACCCCCUUUAACUGGCAUUCCCACUGGAGAUAGGAAUAUUAUUAUUAUACUUCCUCGUUAUCAUAUCUAAUUAUUCAAUGGUCUGAUAGUAUGUGCACCUAUAUAUUCACGUCAAGGUUAUUUAUCGUUCCUGCCUCGUUUAUAUCAUACAAAGGCAAUCACACUUGUUUGAUAAUUACGAGACUUCUAGUAAUUCUAGCCUGAUAUUGAGAUUGAAAAGGAGCAGUAAUUAUGAGCGGGGUUUUAUCGGAUUUGAACGCCAAACAGGCCGAUGCUCUUAAUGCGAUGAGAUCAAAUCUUCACGAUGUCUUACAAGAAGAUCAUGAUGAUCACUGCUUGUUACGAUUCUUAAGAGCACGCCGAUUCAACGUAAAGAAGGCUGAGGAAAAUUUUAGACAGAAUCUGGAGUGGCGAAUAAAGAACAGAAUCGAUUCCAUUCAUGAUUGGUAUGAAAUACCUGAGGCUUGCUUGAAGUAUUGGCCAGGAGGAGCUACCGGAUUGGACAAAGAAGGUCACGUGGUGUGGAUAUGCCCUCUUGGUAACGUCGAUCCCAAAGGACUGCUCUACUCGGUAAAAGCUGGAGACAUCAUCAAAACAAAUAUCAGCAUCUUGGAGAGAUUACAAAAUGAACAGAAAGUCAUUUCUAGAAAGCUUGGCCGUCACAUUGAAGGUGUCACAUUCAUCAUAGAUCUUGAACACCUGAAUGCAGGCCACAUAUGGAAACCAGGAAUGACAGUCAUGACAGAGGUCGCUGCGUUGUUUGAAGAACAUUAUCCAGAGAUCAUUCAUAAAAUGCUGAUAGUCCGACCGACUAAGAUAUUUCCUGCAGUCUAUUUCAUCCUGAAACCAUUCCUCAGUGAAGGAACAAGAGCAAAGAUUAAAGUACUAGGAGGUAACUGGCGUGAUGUCAUCCUGAAACACAUAGAUCCAGAAGUACUUCCGGUUUACUGGGGAGGAACCAUGACAGAUACUGAUGGCAAUCCUAACAUGUGUCCUUCAAAGAUUAAUCUUGGAGGUAAAGUUCCAUCGUUUUAUUUCAAGAAGGGAAGUGAUCUGACACAUUCUGAUAUGACAUCUCAACAGCUUCCGGGUAAGAGGUCAAUAGAGGUCAAGUACAAGGUCAAGACACUUGGCAGCAUAUUCAGAUAUGAAUUCAAAACUGAAUCUCAUGAUAUCGCAUUUGGGAUUCAUCGGUUGUUGGAUUCAGGGGAGAAGAUCUCCAUACUUGAUGAGAAACGAUACAACAGUCACAUCGUGCCUGAAGAUGGAGAGGUACUAUUUGAAGAACCAGGAUUGUAUGUGGUGAAAUUCGACAACCACGGCAGUACCUUCCAGAAGACCCGAAAGCUUAGCUACUGGAUGGAGGUGAUUGAACCACGUCUUGAGGUCAAUGAACACAUGAUGAGAGAAUCAUUUGACGACAUCACAAGAGACAGUGGCUACCUCGACGAUAGAGGUCCGAUGUCGAGACAUAGGUCGACGUCAUUAGAACGAUCAUCGACCUUACCUCGUCUUCAAACCCAUACUCAAGGACCAAUGAAAGGGCUGUCGCAUACACCAUCUUUCUCUUAAAUUAAAAACUGUGAAAAAUAAAGGUGUUGAGAAUGGUCCAGUAGCCAGCGGCGUAACAGGGGUCGGUGGCCAGGGGGGGGGGGGGGGGGGUUGGCAAGAGCCAAAAAUUUCCCGGUCAUAUCAUGGUAUGAACAGGUGUAAUGGUGUAAUGAGGCGACUAUUUUGAGAAGGCCAGAUAUUGCGUAUCAGGCAUAAUUUAUCUUUUAAAAAAAGUUGAGAGCGAGCGAAGCGAGCGAGCAAAAAUUUUGACCUUUUUAAUACAAAAAUCCAAUUUUGUGAUAGAUUUUGACAUGAUAUCCAGAGAAUAAUAUAUUCCACUCUUCUCUCUUUAGAUUCCUUUUUUGUGGUCUGUACGCCACUGUGAACAGGAUUCUUUGCGGCAGUAGCGUGAAGAGUAAAAAAAAAAAAACCCGAGGGGCGCAGUAUAGCACAUGUGCUAAAAAGCUGCUUUAUAUAAGUCCCGAGCGAGCGAAGCGAGCGAGAAAAAAUCACCUUUUCCUGAGAAUCUAACUUUGAGCUAUUUUUUAUUCAGUAAAUAAAAUCACAUCCUACACU